AUGGCCUCUGUGAAGUCGGCGCUGCGACCGGCUGGUUGCUGUGCCAAUGCAUUCAAGGAGUUAAGGCAGCAGGUGCCUCGCCGUCAAUUCCUCCAUACCGUCCAUUCCCCCCGGAAAGAGAAGAUCGCGUUCCCUACUACUAUUCCGGAACAAUUCAUAUCACAGAUCCCCAAGUUCUGUCGGCCUGGAAAGGGCACCAAGGAACUCAAGGUCCACCCUCCUCCAGCUUUCCCAUACGACACAUGCAAAGACCCUAUUGCCGCCUUUACGGCUGAGCAAUUGUCUGUACUUGACCCUACUGGCGAGAGAAAAGCGCUGUUCGAUCCGAAAAAUCGCCAGGGCGCCAAAGUUGGUGACAUUCUGCGUGUUACGUUUAAGAAUGGCGAUCCCUUCGCCGGUGUAUGCCUGAAUAUUCGGCAGAGAGGAGUCGACACUGCAUUUUUGCUACGAAACAAAUUGACCAGAAUCAGCUGUGAGAUGUGGGUUAAGGCAUACAGCCCUAACGUGGUUGGUGUGGAGGUUGUCCAGCGCACAGAGAAGAGAAAGAGACGCGCGAAAUUGACAUACAUGAGGUAUGACUACCCUAUGCUUUUCGUCAUAAUAAUCGCAGAGAACAUAUGGCGAUAA